AUGAGAGCACUGAGCAACGAUAUGACCACGUUGGAGACAAAGAAGGCAGAGCCUAUUCUCACGAACAAUCCGCUGACGAGAAUCGAAAUCUUGGACAAUCUGACAACUUGCAGAGUCAUGAGGCAGGGAACAGAAGGCACAAGAAGCAAGAGUCAGACUAGGAUUGGGAUUGAAGAAACUGGUAUUGUCAGACCGGGAUUGGGGAAAAGAACGAGUAUCAGGACUGGCGGAAUUGAACAAGGCUCGAGGUUCGAAAUUCGAAUGAUUGAGGAAGUCACAAGUCUCUCGACGAUCAGAAACGUCUCCAGCUCGGAAAAGCAACUUCUCACGGGUUCUAACGAUGAUCCCUAA